AUGUGUAUUGAUCAGGAGGAUAAUGAGUUAGAGGUCCUUGAGAUCAUUCAUCACUACGUCGUGAUUCUCGACCGCUAUUUCGGAAGUGUGUGUGAACUUGAUUUGAUUUUUAACUUCCACAAGGCGUAUUACAUAUUGGAUGAGCUUUUGAUUGCGGGUGAGCUCCAAGAGUCAAGCAAGAAAACUGUAGCCAGGAUUAUAUUAUCUCAGGAUCAAAUGGUGGAAGCUGCAAAAGAGGAGGCUGAACAACAUCAGAUUGUUAUACACAUAGCUUAUGUAACCGAUAGAUGUAGAAGUUCGCAAACUUCAGAAAGCAGAGAUUGCGGAGAGUUGAUUGCUUAUGGUUACAGUCGAAGUGCAACGAGUUUGGCUCAGACCACUUACUUCCGUGCUGUGCUUAUGACUUGUGGAGUGAUUGGACUGUUCUGGGAGGCCAAGUGGUGA